AUGGAUGCUGUUGACCCCGAUGACCUUGACGAUGAUUCUAUCGAUUCUGCUGAUUCUGAACCUGACGAAGCACCUGAAGCUGCCAACAUAGCCUCAUCAUUUCGCGACGAUUUACGAGAACAAGAUCACGCCUCGGCCCGCCUGUCAUCACAGUCAACUUCUCUAGAAGAUGAAAUACACGGCCGCCAAGGGAUGUUUGAAGCCUGGAAAUGCGUUGUCGAGACCACGAGAUCAUCAUCAUCAUCAUCAACGCGUUCAUCAACGCGUUCAUCAAUACCAUCAUCAACGCGCUCAUCAACAGCUUUAACCGCUGUGAGGCAGAGCCAAAGCCGUUACAAUACACGGCAGCUGAAUCUUAGUAUUCGUCGAGACCAGACACAAGCCGAAAUCGAAGCGGAUUUGCCCACAUCACGGGCUUCAACGCCGUCAUCGAGUCGAUCACGAACAGCUACAAAUACAAGGGGAAGGGGAACACGAGGCGGGCGCGAAAGGGGAACCCGGGCUAGCUCGAGGCUCUCAGCAACACCAACGCCGUCUGACGAUAACCUCAUCCCAGUCACUCGAUCGUCCCUGCGAGAUGAGAUCGUGGUCAGGUCCUGGGACCUAGGCUGA